CUUUGUAUUCCUUCCCUGAACUCUCGAAACUCUUGUGGCUUGAAGAUUCGUUGUUCCUAGCCUUGACAUUCGCUUUAUAUAUCGGGACUACACUGCGUUUAUCGCGAUGCGCUGGUGGAACGCUUUAAUCCUGGCCGCUUGCGUCGGCCAGACGGCUGCGCAUGCGGAUUUAAACGAUCCUAGCCAUAGCCUUCCAAAGUUUGCAGGGGCCAGAAGGUUUUUGUCGGAGUUUAAAGGGGGGAGGAGAUGGGACAGCCAGGCACGCGCCAUACAGAGGGCAGAAAUGCUAGAGGCUCGUGAUGAAGAGGAGCUCGAGGAGCGAGGCGAACUUGAACCACGACAGAGAGGUGGACGAUGCGGCGCGGGCCAUGGUAGUUGUGCGGAUGACCAAUGUUGCUCGGCUGAAGGCUAUUGCGGCGUAGGAGAAGUGUAUUGCACUGCACCCGACUGCCAAAUCAGCUACGGACCGGCAUGUGACGGUAACCAAAAGCCUGAUGGCGCAGACACGUCAACCAUAGCACGUCCAAAAGUAGGCGACGUACAAUAUGGCGGCGUGGGAAUUUAUGACUGCGUAAAUAAUGGCGAUAUCGCUGUAACCUUUGACGAUGGCCCAUGGGAAUAUACCAACGACCUUCUCGACAAGUUGGCAAAAUACGAGGCGAAAGCGACGUUUUUCAUUACUGGCAACAAUAUUGGCAAGGGAAAGAUUAACGACCCAGACUUGCCCUGGGCCUCCGUCAUUCAACGAAUGGCCGCCGAGGGCCAUCAGAUUGCAAGCCAUACUUGGUCGCAUGAGAACUUCAGCCAGUUGACUACAACUCAAUUCAAGAACCAGAUUAUAUGGAACGAGAUUGCUUUUAACGAUAUCCUUGGCUACUUCCCUACCUAUAUGAGGCCGCCCUAUUCCAUCUGCCCUGCCGCUUGUCAGACUCAGUUAGCUAACCUUGGAUAUCACGCUCUAUACUUUGACUUAGACACGGAAGGAUAUCUUCAUGACGAUGCAAGCCAGAUCCAGACCAGUAAAAACAUCUGGGAUGAUGCAGUUGAUGGAUCUAGCCCGUGCGAGGAUAGUUAUCUCGAGAUCGAGCACGAUAUCCACUACCAAACCGUUUACAACCUGACAGACUAUAUCCUCGAAUCGCUCUUCAACCACGGCUAUAGGUCCGUUACUGUGGGGCAAUGCUUGGGCGACCCCCCUGAGAACUGGUACCGUGCUGGCACUGGUAAGGUUCCCGAGUAUAACUUCACCAUCCGUGCCCCGACUGGCACUUGGCCUUGCCUCCCCACACCUACCUCUACCAGGCCGAGCCAGCCGACCAGCACGUUGAAGAUUAGCCAAGAUGGUCGAUGCGGCGACGGGGUAACUUGCGCGGGCUCUAUAUACGGAAACUGUUGUUCUACCAAUGAAUGGUGCGGUGGCUCCAUCGACUAUUGCGGCUCAAACUGUCGCCCGGAAUUCGGAACCUGCUCCUCGGCGGACUCGCAGAUCCCGACCAGCCGCCCACUCCCGAACGGACCGGGAACCCCUGAUGAUCCCCUGACCACUACGAGCUCGGCACCCGCCCCUACCGGAACACUUCAAGUAUCGAUUGAGGGAAACUGCGGUGACGGAUUCACUUGCGAAGGAUCAGCGUUUGGAAACUGUUGUUCAGAACACGGCUGGUGCGGCUCAACUAUUGACUACUGCGGCGAGGGUUGCCAAUCAACUUUCGGAUCAGGAUGCCAGCAGUAGUAGCAGCAGCAAGACGACCUCGAAGUCGACCUCGAAAUCGACCAGCAAGUCCUCCUCGACAUCCCGCUCAUCGACUAAGAAAUCCACCUCUCAUUCUACUUCUCAUUCUACCUCUCAUUCUACUUCCCACUCGACUAGCCAUUCUUCAUCGCAUACUAAGACUCAGACGAAGGACUGAAGGGCUGAGGAGACGCAGGGGAGCUAGUUACCUGUUAAUGGUGACGUACCGUCUUUACUGGGUAAGAAAGAGAGGAGAGUUGCAUGAGAUCGCCCCAUGCCAUGAGGGAAUAUGUUGUUUUGUGGUAUAAUCUAAGAAUUGGUUAUGAAAACUAGUCCCAUCUCAUCUCAUCUCAAAGAUAUAUAUAAUAAAUAUAGCACGCACAACAACG